AUGUCUGGCAUAUGGUCUGCUUGGCUGCUUGCCCUGUGUCUCGCUGCUCUGAUGCGCGUCGCAUCUGGUCAAGAUGUCAACGGUCCGACGGGAGCCAUCAACUCUACCACCCAGUCGACGGCGGAGGGAGAGAUUACCGUACACACGAUCGAAGUCAGCAAUAUGACGCACUACUUCACCCCGAACAGCAUCAACGCCCUUCCCGGUGACAUUGUCACCUUCAAGUUCUGGCCUGGUAAUCAUUCGGUCAUUCKCGCAGAAUAUGGCUAUCCUUGUAUACCUUAUGAAGACUUGGAGGAGAAUGGUCAGGGUGGUUUCUACAGCGGUGUUAUGACUCCCAACGCACAGGAUGUCAGUGAUGGCAAUCUUCCCACUUGGAAUUUGACCAUCAACUCCACUGCGCCAACAUUCUUUUAUUGCGGUGCGCCUGGAAGCUGUGUCAACUGGGCCAUGUUAGGGGCAAUCAAUGCGGAUGCAAACCACUCCAUCGAGACGCAAAUCAAACUCGCGCGGGAAGCCGCAUAUGUAUUGACGCCAGGCCAACCACUUCCAGCAGAUGUCAAGACUUCAAUGGAAAACCUAGCUCAUACUGCGRCCGUUACCGUUACGGGAUCAGGCACUACUCCGACUUCCAGCACGACAUCUGCAAUUUCAACUCCAGACAGUUCCUCGAACACAAGCGAAGACAAAAAGUCGUCUGACCUUGGAACUGGUGCUAUCGUGGGCAUUGUGAUUGGAGGCGUUGCGCUUCUUGCUCUCGCAGGAGGUCUUUUCUAUUUCUUCGGUCGCUCCAAGACUCUUUCAGAACAACUGCGCCUUUCCAGAACGCCGAAUAAUACAGGAGCUCCGCCGCCGCCAAACCCAGACAUCGACCAAGGCUAUGGAGGGCCCAACAGCAGACACACAAGUUACCUGCCUCCAUACGCUCAAGUGGCUCAACAUCACCCAAAUGAAGCCAAACCUCCAAGUUUGCAGGAAGCAGACGGUGGCGCGUUCCCUGGUUAUGGCCACAUGCCACACCCGGCCGUCAGUCCUGAGAUGAGGCAAGCGGAUACUUUUAGGGGCUUCUCCUAUCCUGAUAGUCGGCCAUCUUUGCAAAAUAUGCACACGAGGUACUCGGAUGUUUCGCGGCAAGCUUCGCCGCCGGUCCAUGAGAUGUCAUGA